AUGGGGGCCUUGCUCGAACUUGUCUGUGUCGGUCUCUUCUCUGCUGCCUUCUGGACGCUCUGGACAGUGGUUCAGCGUGUCUUCGGGAAAUCCCACCUUGAUAAUAUCCCCGGGCCUCGCUCCCAGUCGUUCGCUACAGGAAAUCUGGGCCAGUAUCUCGCCCGGAAUGGUUGGGCAUACCAACAGUGGCUGCACAACGAGUACGGGCCCGUUGUGAAACUCAACGGGAUGUUUGGGACAAAAGUGCUCUAUGUCUACGACCCGGUGGCCCUAUCGAACAUUGUCGUGAAAGACCAGUAUACCUAUGAGGAGCCACAGGAAUUUCUCCACACGAUGCAUCUCAUGCUGGGCGACGGAUUGCUGGCAACCAUAGGGGAACAGCACCGAAAACAGCGCAAGAUGCUGAACCCGGUCUUCUCGAUCAAUCACAUGCGGCACAUGACGCCCAUCUUCUAUGAGAUUUCCCGCAAAUUACGGGAGGCGAUUGGGAGGAGGAUCAAAGGGGGGCAGGAAGAAAUGGACAUCCUUGACUGGAUGGCGCGUACAGCGCUUGAAGUUGUCGGGCAGGCCGGUCUUGGGUGUUCGUUCGACCCGCUCAUCAACGAUUCGGCAGACCAGUACGGACAGGCCAUCAAGGCAAUCGCGCCAACGAUCGGCCCGCUGCGCCUCGCGCGUAUGCUCUUGCCGUUGGUGAUGAACAUCGGCUCGCCCAAAUUACGGGGAUGGCUCUUUCGGCUGAUUCCGAAUAAGAGCAUACAACGCGCCUGCGAGAUCAGCGACUUGCUUGACGAACAUUCACAACGCAUCUUCAACGAGAAGAAAGAGGCCAUGGAGAAGGGUGAUAAUGCGGUACUUCACCAGAUCGGGGAGGGCAAGGACAUCCUCAGCAAAUUGAGUAAGCCUCCCAUUCAAGUGUCCUAUGUACGGGAUAUUGGUAAACAGCGAUUGAUAGUGCAAGCCAAUAUGACCGCUUCAGAAGAAGACAGACUACCUGACAAAGAACUCCUCGGGCAAAUGUCGACGUUUAUCUUUGCAGGCAUGGAAACAACAUCUGGUGCGCUCGCACAUAUCCUGCAGCUGCUUAGCGAGAACCCGGACGUACAGCACAAGCUGCGCGCCGAACUCCUCGAGGCGUACGGGGAUGCCGAUGAAAUUCCGUACGACCAACUCGUCGAAUUACCCUAUCUCGACGCGGUCUGCCGUGAGACUAUGCGAUUGUGCGUCUUCCUUCCGUUCUUGUUCCGGGAGGCGCGCAAAGACAUCGUGAUGCCACUCUCUGCGCCUCUACGUGGCGUGGACGGGACGCUGAUGCACGAGAUCUUGGUACCGAAGGACACGAAAGUCCUCCUCGGCCUCCACGCCUGCAACUGCAACCCGGCACUGUGGGGUCUCGACGCGGCGGAGUGGAAACCUGAACGCUGGCUCGCGCCGUUACCUGAGACGCUGACCGAUGCUCACAUCCCGGGGGUCUACUCACAUCUGAUGUCGUUCCUAGGCGGAGGACGAGCUUGCAUCGGCUUCAAGUUCUCUCAACUGGAAAUGAAGGUCGUUCUCGCCACUCUCCUGUCGUCCUUUACAUUCGCACCUUCGCAGAGAAAAAUCGUUUGGAAUGUUGGCGGUAUACAGUACCCCACCGUCGGCCUGUCAAGCGCCAAGGCCGAAGUGCCUAUGAAGAUAGGCUUUGUGAAAACUACGUGA